UAUCUUUGUCGUUCAUCUUCCUUGCGCUUCUUCUCAGGUUACCUUAUAUCGCUCUAACAUUUCAUCACAUCGCUUUCUUCUCUUUAUCAAUUUUACUGUUUUUUUUAAAGAAUGUAGAGACUUAAUGUUAUUUCAGAGAAAAUAAACAUUUUUUGAAUGACUUAAAGAUCUGCCCAGAUGAUAUCUACGUCGAUCCAGCUGAACGGGACGACUUGUUGAUUAUACUCACAACUUCCGGAAGUACCGGCUACUCCAAGCCUGUACCCAGAAGUCACAUUGAGAUUUUGAAAAGCGAAGAUCGCUUUAAUGACAUUUUCUGCCCUGGAGUCCAAUGGAACAGUCCUAGAGAGAAAUGUUUUAAAUACUACAACGACAAAUCGAUGGGUUGGGGUAUUGGUAUACCGUUUGCGCCAAUAUGUCACUCUUACACUAGAGUCAUGACAGACUUCUUCGACCCUGAGAUCAAGAGAACAGGAAAGGAUCUUUGGGAAGCGUCCACCAAAGAAAAAGUCCAUUGUUGCCCCAUGCUUUGUCUUGAGAUGGACAGUGUACGGGAGUAUAUUGACUCUGUUGGAGGCUCGGACUUUAAGUUCCAAAUGCUGAUUGCAGGAGCCCAGCCUUUGAGGAAGAAUCAAAUGGAAAACUUUCUGACAAUAACAGAGAAACUUAUUGUCACGUAUGGCUCCACAGAGGCUGGGUGCUUAGCUGCUAAUUUUAUAACUAAAGGUGACACUAUACAGUCCAACAACAACGGUAAGGUCCAGCCUGGUGUAAAGCUGCGUAUUGUGGCUGAGGAUGGAAGGCUAUGUCAGCCUGGUGAAACGGGAACUAUAGAGGUCAAAGGUCCCGAUGUAUUUAAAGGCUACUACAACAGACUGACCAGUCCAGACCCGCUGACAGUGAAAGCUUUCACCUCAGACGGGUGGUUCAAGAUGGAGGACUAUGGUUACAUCGAUGAAGAUGGAAACGUCUUCGUGUUUGGUCGAACUAAAGAUAUUAUUACAUACGGAGCAGAAUCCUUGCACCCCGGAUGGAUGGAGAAAAAGUUGAUGGAACAUUCUGACGUAUUGGAAGCUAUUGUAGUGCCGGUGUCAGAUCCACUGUUGUACCAAAACAUCUGUGCUUGUGUUAAGGUAAAGAGGGACAGCGAACUCAAAGAAGAUCAACUCAGAAAAUAUUGUGAUCAAAUUUUUCUACCAAAUCUUGUCACUGAGGAAACACCAAAACCGCAACACUUUAUUAUCAGCAAAGGGGAUUUCCCUGAGACCUCCAAUGGAAAACCAGACAGGAAACGACUUCGAGAGAUAGCCGAAUCAAUGUUCGGAUACGAAGAGAAGGUCAUUAAAUCAGAGGCGGCUCCACAGUCGGAAACUUAGGAGGCGAAUCAUAGACAUUCUAUUAAGUGAAAAUAAAAAGGCUAUAGUGUGGUAUUGUUCGAAUUGCAGCCAACUUGAAGAAGAAUUCUAAGAAAAAGGAUAUUCCAAACUCACGCUCGCUUUAUCUCCCGCAUUCUCUCUCUCUCUUUUUGUGUGCAAAUAACAAAUAAUUUAAAUUAUUAGCCAAAUUGUAUUGUUUUUAAAAGAUUUCAUUUUCCCAUUCUGUUGCGUUUUAUAACUGACCUUUAUUUAUAACAAUGUCUCUGCUAUUCACAUAAUUUUUUUUCCCUCUAAAGGAAGCCGUUCCCUCCUCAUUUUUAAAUAUUUAUGUAUCUUAAAGAACACAAACAAACUUACACUGCUUGCAUUACAUUUUGAUUACAUUUUCUUAAAGCUAUUUAUUUUGUAUAGCUACAUAAAUAAAUAUGAUAUAUAUUUAAUUUAUUCGUUUUAGCCUAAACAAAAAUAAAUUUCCUAUGUGUACGAAAUGAGUGAAUGAAUGAUUGCUAUAACGUAUAUUCUACAAUAUGUGACGUAUAUACAGCUACAUGUGUGUAAAAUAUUGGCGCUAUUCUGGCGUUCCUUGUUUUGUCAUGGGCGCUUUUUUGGCGUUCGCCAUCUUGACUGGUCAAACUAAAACAUGUAAUGGAAAUAAGACUAAGUACACAGCAAUGCAGUAGUCUCGAAAUGUGUAAAUCAAAUGCAAAAUGAAUUCAUUAAAAACAUUUUAAAACUUA